AUGCUCAAAAUAUUCCAUCUUGUGUUAUUAUUUUCGUUCGCCUUGGCAAAGGAGGAAAAAUUCGGCCCGAAUGCCUUUCUUUCUGUGAAAAUAUCGAAGGAUGCGGUUGGUUUUUCUCAAAUUGAUCCCGUAGUAUGAUAUUUCUUGCAGAUACUACAACAAGUUCAACAAAUACAAGCCGAUUUGAAUUUCGACGGACCCGAAAUUCGUCAAGUAUUUUCAUCCGUUGACACAACUUCACGUGAAGCUGAAUCAUCUACACAUUAAUGAUACAAAUAAACAGAGGUUUUUCCAUAUUCGAAAAAAAUAUAUCUAUUUAGAUUAAAAAUAAUUUUUUUAAAAAUAAAAAAACCAGGGGAGGCCGCACCCCGGGAUGAGAUCCAGCCAACGUAUGAGUGAACCUCUUUUUUUAAACUAGCGAGGACUUGAAAGAGCGUGCUCAAGCUCUACCCCCUAAUGUCGCGAUAAACCAUUCAGAGAGCGAGAGCGUUUUCGGAUAACGUCAUUUUACUUGAAAUUAAAAAUCUGAACAGACUAUAACGAAAACUAAAACUUUAUGCCGUGUUCAAAGUGAUUCCGCGAAAUUCAAAAUAGCCGUCAGAGAAAGAGAAAGAUAACUAAAUUUUGGAGGGUCAGAGACAAUUUCGCAUUUCGCGGAAAUUACUUUGAACACGGCAUUAAUGGCGUGUUCAUCGGAAAAAAAAAAUGAAAAAAAAAGAUCCAUAAAAAAUUCACGCGCACUGUGCGAUGGAGCGUAUAUAAUAAUUAGCAGGAAAAAUUAAAAGGAAAAGUCAAUAUUUACUUUUCGCGAAAAUUGCAAUAAAAUUAUUAUCAAAACAGCGCGUUCAAAAAAGGUUCAAAAACAAGCCUGAAGUUUAGUUUAAAAAUGUUCGUUGAAUUGUUUUACUUCAGGACCUUCGACGCCUUGUCGGAACUCCCGAAGCAGCUCUGUAACGUUUCUCACUCGAUUCCGAUCCUUUUCAUGGGUUUUUGUCGAUUUCAACGAACCAAAUUACCGAAUUCUGCUCAGGAACAGCAACCCGUGCCAAUACGACUCUGUACGGUCGCCUCAACGCCAUGUCGGCGUCAGUUGUAUCCAGCAUUCAUCGUGAUUUUUGCUAUAAUUCUUUUUUCACGGUUCAAAACUCAUCGUCUUGCAACCCUAUUUCAAAAUUCGACUGCUUUUUUUCAACAAUGACAUACUAUUCUCAUUUUUCAAGAUUUAUUAGUCCGAAGUUUUUGGAAAAGAAGAAGAAUAGAAAACUAUAAAGGGACUUUGAUUGGACGAAUUAGUGUUUCAACACGAAAAAUCUGCUUGUCUUUUUUGAUAUAACUCAUUUCAAUUAAAUUUCGUAAAAAAAUUUCAGUUCUUAUUUUUUUAAAAAAAAUGACAAGCUAUAAAAAUAACAGUAGAAGAUUGAGUUCUAAAUUCAAUUACUUGAGGCUUUUCCUAAAUUUUAGAGAAAAACCUUCAGAUGCAAUCAACGAAACCUUUUCGAAGUACGGCGUUGACACGAUUUUACCGUUUCGCAUUUUCGAGCCCCACAUGUCGAUUGUUCAUCUUCGACACGGCGAGAAUGAGCUCUACGACGUGAUGUCCAACAAGACGUUCAGACUCAGCACCGGAGAGUUUGUGGGAGGUGAGGAAAAUGAACGCAAACUGAACUCUUGAGGGUCCUUAAUUUUUGCGCGGCGUAUUCGCAAUACUUGCCAAACUACCCGCCUCUCCUUUUUUAAAGAAUUAAAAAUCGGGAGAGAUAAAGUACAAAACUUGAUGGACUGACUAGUGAGUCGUAAUUUUUAGAUUUUGUUUCAUCUGGAAUAUUUUUGAAAAGAAACUCAUUUUAGGUUGUUUUUUAGGGAAAGCUUUUGAAGGAAGGCGACGCCAGGUGAGCUUUUCAAACUCCAAUAAUUGAGUGAGAGAAAAAAAAAAUGAAUACGUACCUUUGUAGUGGCUCUGACGUCUUUAAAAGAGACUCAAGAUAAAAUCCUCUAUAGUGACUACUAGAAGAAGGUUUGGUUACGUAAUUUUCUGUUUUACAUUUCUGGACCUUCGAAAUGAUGACUCUUUUCAGAAAUCCUCCUCUGCCGCGACUCGGCGCCUAAAAAUGGUUCGUUUUACGAGAUUCUGGGCAGGGCGACACUGGCUCCUUGCUCGAACUUCACCCUGAACAAAAGUCAUCUUGAAACUAACCGAGUUCCUCAUUCUCUCCUUCGAAGAAGCCCCUAA